GUUCUGUUAACGUUUGAUAUCUACAUUUACCAGUUACUAUUUCAAAAUAAACGUUUCAAUGUAAAUAUAUAGUAGUUUAGUGAUAAAAAGAUAAUUAAUACAUAAUAUUUGUAAUAUAGAGUUAGAUCUAAUUUAUUUUCGUAUUUUUUGACUAUAAUUAGGAACCAAAAUGAAUUUUAUCAAACAAUUUUAAGCGUUUUAGUACAAAGUAGAUGUUCCAAGGUUGAAUUAAAUCAACUUUUAAAUUCACUUAACUACACCGUUCGAUAUGAUUUUAAAUAAACAAGUUGUGAGGUUAAGCCGAAACAUAUGUUCUCGUGUAUGCAAUAAAUUUCAGUCGGAGAGGCUCUUUUCAACCGAAACUCCACUUUUUCCUGGCGCGAGAACGACAUGGACCGAAAAAUUAGAAUUUGUAGGAGCUCACAGUUACAAACCGAUACCAGUAUAUCGAGUGAUGGAUCGCCAAGGAAACGUUCUAGAUCCCAAAGAAGAACCAAAUUUAUCUAACGAAAUAUUGAUCAAAAUGUACAAAGAUAUGUCACUGCUGGGGGUAAUGGACAAAAUUUUAUACGAAGCACAACGUCAAGGAAGAAUAUCUUUUUAUUUAACCAAUUUCGGUGAAGAAGCUACCCAGAUAGGUAGUGCUGCUGCUUUAAAUAAUAACGACGUAGUUUAUGGACAAUACAGAGAGGUUGGCGUGUUAAUGUGGAGAGGUUUUACUUUACAACAAUUCGUUGAUCAAUGUUAUGGUAACAAAGACGACCGUGGACACGGCAAGCAGAUGCCAGUACAUUAUGGAAGCGAUAAACUAAACUUUGUUACUAUUUCUAGUCCGUUAGGUACUCAAAUUCCUCAAGCUGUAGGUUCUGCUUACGCUUUGAAAAGUAAAGGUAGAGUGGUGGCGUGCUAUUUUGGAGAAGGUAGCGCUUCAGAAGGAGAUACGCAUGCAGCUUUCAAUUUCGCGGCUACCCUGAACUGCCCGGUUAUAUUUAUAUGCAGAAACAAUGGUUACGCAAUAUCUACUCCUGUUAAUGAACAAUACAGUGGAGAUGGAAUAGCCGCCAGGGGUCCUGGAUACGGUAUAAAUACAAUCAGGGUUGAUGGUAACGAUGUGUUGGCGGUAUUUAAUGCAACUAAAAUGGCAAAAGAAUAUAUUCUGGAAGAAAAUAAACCAGUACUUAUAGAAGCUAUGACCUACAGAGUCGGUCACCAUACAACUUCCGACGACAGUUCUGCUUAUAGAAGUUCAGAUGAAGUGAAGCAAUGGAUGGAAAACGAUUAUCCCACGAAUAAAUUCAAAUCUUAUAUAAAUAAAAAAGGAUUAUGGGAUGAAAUGCAAGACAAAAAAUGGUUGAAAGAUGCCAGAAAAGAUGCACUGUUCGCUUUCAACGAAGGUGAACGGAAACUGAAACAUAAAGUGGAAAUUAUGUUCGAUGAUGUUUACAAGUAUCUACCUCCCCAUUUAAUAAAGCAGAAAGAAGAAAUGAAGAAACACUUGCAGGAUUAUAAAGAACAUUAUCCACUAGACAAAUUUCAAUAAAUUACUUUUUUAAAGUACAGAUUUACAAAAAAAUAAUAUCUUAUUUUUUUAUUCAAUAAAAACGACUAUACUAAA